CGGCGCGUUGGUCGGCGUCGUAGUCAGAGUGCAAAAGGGUGGCGGAAUCGGCAGGCGCCAUCACGCGGGGCCGCCGCGACCGUCGUCUGAAGGGCCGUCGUCCAGCCAGUGGCCGCGAUCUCGAUUCACCGAAAAGAUGGUCAUGAUGGCUGGCAUGGACGACCACGAGCGAAAAGUCGUCCUCGAGUUCUGCCACCUGCUCGAGAAGAGCAAGCAGCUGUUCAACGGGCUACGGGAUCUGCCACAGUACGGGCACAAGCAGUGGCAGGGCUACUUCGGGCGCACCUUUGACAUCUACACCAAGCUCUGGAAGUUCCAGCAACAGCACAGGACGAUACUGGACACGAAGUACGGCCUGAAGAGGUGGCAGAUCGGCGAGAUCGCCAGCAAGAUCGGCCAGCUCUACUAUCACUACUACCUGCGCACCAGCGAGACCAGCUACCUGCACGAGGCCUAUUCGUUCUACGCGGCGAUAAGGGGUCGCGCGUAUUACAGCCGCGCCGCCAAGGAGGACAGGAGCGACCUGAUGGUGAAGAAGCUCAGGUAUUACGCGCGGUUCAUCGUCGUCUGCCUCCUGCUGAACCGCAUGAAGCUGGUGCGCGAGCUGGUCCAGGAGCUGGACGCACAGAUCGCGGACUACACCAGCACCUACGAGCCCGACGAUCAGCUCGAGUGGAACCUGGUGCUGGACGAGAUCAAGGCGUUCGUGAAGGCCGAGUCGGCGGUCGGGGUGGUGCACUCGGACUCGAAUCCUGUCAUACUCACCCACAGACUCGGCGCCCAGACAUCGCCGCCGAUCGAACGUACGCCACCCAUGUGCCUAUCGCUGCAGGAGAUCCUCAUCGUCGGCAACUGCACUGAUCAGGUGAAGUUCAGCGAGUUGUCGAUGGACAUGUUCAGGAUGCUGCAGACCCUGGAGAGGGAGCCCAGGGACGACCCUAACCACCUUCACGACGCCUCGCCGGCAGGGAGGAUGCCCUUCAGGCCGGGUCCGUAUCCGGGCGCCGAGAACGGGGCGCCCAGACGCGACAAUCCACACAAGUACCUGCUGUACAAGCCCACCUACAGCCAGGUACAGGUAUUCCUCGCCAGCGGCUUCAAGGAGCUGCCGGCGAACGGGGCCCUGUUGCUCUACCUGUCGGCGGACGGGUGCUUCUCCACCGUCAAGCAUCCAGAAGAAAUGGGGUACGACCUGGGCGGCGUGUCUACGUGCAGCAAGAGGGACCCCGAGCACGGGAAGAGGCCGACAGGUGGCAAGGAGCCCCACUGCCUGUACCCCGGGGACCUCUACCCGUUCACCAGGAAGCCGUUGUUCGUGGUGGUGGACUCGGACAACAGCUUCGUGUUCCAACAGAUACCGCGGUACUUCGGGCAGCCUCUGAUGGUUCUGAUGUCGCCCCAGGACACGCCGCCGACGUUGCGCGACGUCAGACACGGUGGCAGCCUGUUCACCCUGUUUCUCCACGCCCCCCUCGCCGCCUUUUGCCUUAUAUGCAACAUCGGUAGCCUGGCCGUGCACCACUGGGAGCGGUGCCAGCGUUACAUCGAGCGAUUCCUCAUCGAGGCCUGUCAGCUCGUCACGCGCUCCAGAUGCGAGACCAGCGUGUUGCAAUUCUUCGGCGACGAUUUCCUACGACUGUUGCUGGUGCGCUACGUGUUCUGCGACGUGGUGUUGAAUCUCCACCGGUCGUUCAGGGGUCGACAGCAGAGGCCCCGUUGCCAUCCGCCGUUGCCGGACGCCGAGGUGCUCGAGCAUCCCACGUUGCAUCACCUGGUGCUCGACCUGGCGGCGUGUCUCGACUGCCGCGACCACUUCCCGGACAGCAACGAGCUGGCCUGACCCAGGCAUCUUCCCUGCCCCGCCAACGAGUCGACGUCACUGUUGCCGCCGUACAGCCACGACUACGAUUACGAUUACUAGGCCGAAGCUUCGAGGGAAGUUGAACGGUGAGGAUUUGUGUGGAUAGAAGGGGUAGAGACUGAGAAGAAGAAGGGAAGGUGAACGACGUUCGAGAAGUGAUAGAGGGAGGAAGAGAUUCUUCAGGACCUUCGUUUAAAACACUCAACCGCUCGAUACACGUUUCACGAAAGACGAAGGAGAAUCAGUUCGUACCUCGACCGUCACUUUUAUUUACCUGCAGUCGGUGUAACGAGCAUUCGUACAGGAACCGAUUCGAAAUGAAACUUCGUAUAUUUACUUUAUUAAUCGAUUUCAGGGUUAGAAAUAAUUAACCAAUCAUUUUUUUUUUUUUAAGAGUAGAAUUUGCGUAAAGGUCAUUAUCUUUAAUGUCAACCCUUUGCACUCGAGAGGGUGACUCUCGGUCCGGCCACCACCACCACCGGUGGUACACGCCGCCCGAUGGGGGGACGUAUCAGUGUGAACCACCGGUGGUACACGCCGCCCGAUGAGGGGACGUAUCAGUGUGAACCACCGGUGGUACACGCCGCCCGAUG